AUGGAGAAAGCCAUCAAAGAAGCAGAAUUGGGGCCGAAGCACCAUGAACACCUGGAGACUUGCUCCAGAGCACCUCGGCAGGUUCCAGGCUUUGCUUUUCACAGUGAAACAUGGAUGUUGGUCAUUCACAGGUCUUGGGAUACCACAGAGAAGGCCCUCUACAUUCGCUAUCUUAUUACAAAGGGGCACACAUUUUUUGCUACUUGCAAAAAUCUUUGUUCCCUGAAUAAGCUCAUCUGCUCCAUCUGCACAGACUAUUUCACCGAUCCUGUCACCAUUAGCUGUGGACACAGAUUUUGUAGUCCCUGUCUCUGCAUCUUCUGGGAAGAUGUCCAAACUCCUGUUUGCUGCCCUGUGUGCCAGAAAAUAUCACAGAAAAUAGACUGGCAAAGCAUUAUAUUUGCUGAGAAACAAACUGCUCACACUAUAAUCUGUAUGAUACACAAGAAAGUCAAAGACCUCAUCUGUGAAACUGACAAGAAACUUCUGUGUGUGCUCUGCUCUGAAUCCCCAGAACAUGCCACUCACAGACUCUGCCCAAUACAGCAGGCUGCUGAGUACUGCAGGGAGAAACUCUUAAUGCAAAUGAAGUCUAUAUGGAAAAAGAGACAGAAAAAUCAGAGGAAUCUAAACAAAGAGACCAAUAUAAUCAGAACAUGGCAGGCAUUCAUAAACCUACGGAUGGUGAUGAUCAAGGCUGAGUACCCUACACUGUAUCAGUACCUCCAUGAAGAAAAGCAAAGACAUUUGGAGAGCCUGGCAAUUGAAGGCAGGAUGAUUUUUCAGCAACUGAAGAGAAGCAAAGCCAGAAUGGAUCACAUGGGGCAGGUUCUGAGAGGAACGUACGAGGAGCUGAAGGGACUGUGCUGUGCAGCAGAUGUGAGGCUGCUCCAGGGUUUGGGAAACAUACUGAAAAGGAGUGAGUCAGUGCAACUGUACAUGCCUCAGCCUGUGAAUCCACAGCUCAGUUCCUGGGCCAUCACUGGGAUGCCAGAAAGGCUUAACUUCUUCAGAGUGUACAUUACCUUGGACCAUAACAACCACAGUCAUCACUUGCUUCUAAUGGAAGACCUGAGGCGUUUGCAAUGCAGCCCCUACUCUUCAGAUAUGUCCCAACUUCCUGCAAGUUCACACUUCAGUCCUUCAUGGGCAGCUCAGAUCUUCACCUCAGGCAAACACUAUUGGGAGGUGGAUGUGGGAAACUCCUGUAACUGGGUUAUAGGACUUUGCAAAGAAUCCUGGACAAAGAGGAACGACAUGAGACUUGAAUCUGAAGGUAUCUUUCUACUUGCGUGUGUCAAAGUGGAUGACCAUUUCACUCUCUUUUCAACUUCCCCACUACUACAGCACUACAUCCAAAGACCCUGGGGCUGGGUAGGAGUUUUCCUGGAUUAUGAGUUUGGCAUAGUGAGCUUUGUUAAUGUUGCCCAAAGAUCCCUCAUUUGUAGUUUCCUCUCAUGCGACUUCCACUUCCCUCUUAGACCUUUCAUUUUCCACGGACCCAAAUGA